AUGGCGACGACGACCGCGUGGGCGACCGCCGAGGACACUGCGAGAAAAGAUCUUGACGACGCGGCGAAACGCUGCGACGACGACGCUCACCGCUGGAGAAAGUAUGGACACAAGAAGAUCGGAAAGCGAGAUAAAACGUCGAACGACCUCAGCGAGCGAUCGUAUUACCGAUGCUCGUUCGAAGGAUGCCCAGCGCGAAAGCGCGUCGGGUGGUGUCCAGAGACAGGACACACGCGCGUGUGGUAUGAAUUCGAGCACACGUGCGGGCAAGUGAUGCGCGGACCGUGUUCGCAGUGCGGUACGAAAGAGUCACCGCAGUGGCGCCGCGGGACUUGCGCGAAACCGGUGCUUUGUAACGCGUGUGGGGUGCGUUACAGGAAGACGCAAGCGGUGCGUGACGAGACAGACGAAAUGAACGCACAAGGUCCGGUUAAGAAGCGCCCUAUGGUCACGGAUCCUGCGAAUAACGACGUUGGUGAGAAGAGAGCGAAUGUUGUUACCAGUAAUGGACAGGUUGCGCGUAUAAAGAGAGGAAGGUCGAAAAAGUCAGUGCCCAAAGAGCUUUUAUCAGCCGCCAAGCGGGUCGUGGAGCUCAGUCGAGCGCCGGAGGGAAAUUCGCUGUUUCAGCACGUUUUGAUUCCACGCGCGCCGCGGACGAGCGCCACAGUCGCGACAAAGCCAUUGAUACCCGCACCAAAGCCGUUGACUGUACCGGAAGGCGUUAGAAACAUCCGGUUGUUCGCUCGCGUGCAAACUGAAAACGGCAACAAGACGGUGCUGAAGCCAGUGCGCGUGAUGGUUUCAUCGCAAGUCGAAGUCGAGAAGCUCCGCACCCAACUUACCAUCAGAGAUGCGAGCUUGAAGGCCGAACGAGCUCGUGCGCAAGCACUCGAGGCGAAAGUCAAUUUUUUGCGCGCUCAGUUAGAGUGCAAAGCUCUUCGCGCGCGCCUGCGCGAAACGGCAGUCAGCAAGGCACCGGAAGAACGGCCGAGAUCGUCGCCAUCGAUGAACGAGCAGGCGCGCGAGAAAUUGGAAGUAGAUUUGUAG